CCGUGAGCGCGCCUCCGAGAAGUUAAAACAGCUGUCUAGCUGCAGAACACGACACGGGACCACGGAGAUACCGAGAUAGUGCUGUUGUUAUGCCUUGUUCUCAGGGCAAAGAGUCCAAGGAAGUAAUUUUGUAUUGUUUAUUCUCCUGCGCUACAUUGUAAAGUGUUUUCCAACAAGAAGUCGCGGAUUCAUGAUUUGUUUUUGUACAGAACCAAGGAUUAGGCUACUGACGGGGUCUCAACUUCUCGAAUGAGAUUUUAGGGGUCCAGAAGCACUUUUUGUAAUAAGGAAUGGCCACGGCACGGCUGGACUAUAUCGCUCCAUGGUGGACCUACUGGCUGCACAAUUUUCCCCACUUCAACUUUACCUUCCAGCCCGUUGAUAACACCUUCAGACCCGGGGAGGCGAGCUACCAGCAGUCUCUGGUCUUCCUAGCCUGUAUAUCAGCUGCUGGACUAGUCCUGAGCCUCCUGCUGCUGUCUGUCUACCUGACCAGUGUGUGCUGCUGCAGGAAGGAGGAGGAGGAGGAGACCAAGAGGCCUGACUCCUGCUGUGUCUCCUGGACCGCUGUCAUCACUGGACUCAUCCUAUGCUCUGCUGUUGGAGUGGGUUUCUAUGGUAACAGUCAGACCAAUGACGGGGUGUACCAGCUGACCUACUCCCUCCACAAUGCCAACCACACUCUGGGUGGCAUCAACAGCUUGGUCUCCAGUUCUCUGGGCAGUAUGGAGGUGGGUCUGCAGCAGCACCUGAAACGUCUGGAUGAGAUCUUUGCUACGCGGGGGGACUAUGUCCAGGCCUUGAGGUUCAUGGGUCAGAUGGCUGACAACAUCAUCAGACAGCUGACCUCCAUGCCGGAGCUCAGCAAGGCCAAGGUGGACCUGUCGGCCAUCGCUGAUCAGACAGAUUACGUAGAGUACUACAGGUGGCUGACCUACCUGUUACUGCUGAUCCUAGAUCUGGUUAUAUGCCUGGUGGCCUGCCUGGGGUUGGCAAAGCAGUCCCGGUGGCUACUCACCAUGAUCAUGGUGUUUGGGGUGAUAUCUCUGGUCCUGAGCUGGGGAUCACUAGGAGCAGGCACUGCUACUGCCGUGGGCACCAGUGACUUCUGUGUGUCUCCAGACAAGUUCAUAGCGAACAGGACCAAGGAUUUCCUCAGUGCAGAAGUGACACACUACUACCUGUAUUGCAGUCAGAGUCUACCCAACCCUUUCCAACAGUCUCUGACUAUCUUCCAGAGGUCUCUGACCACCAUGCAGAUCCAGAUACAGGGACUACUACAGUUCUCUGUACCUGUCUUCCCUACUGCUGAGAGAGAUCUUCUGGGCAUCCAGCGCCUGCUGAACUCUACAGCGUUCAACCUGAACCAGUUAACAGUCCUGCUAGACUGCAGGGGGCUCCAUAAGAACUACCUGGAUGGUCUGAUGGGGGUGUGUUAUGACGGGGUGGAGGGUCUCCUCUACCUCUGCCUCUUCUCUCUGCUGUCGGUCAGUGCCUUCUGUGUCAUGCUGUGUGCCAUCGCCCGGGCAUGGACCCUCAUCACCAGCAGGGACAGGGACUAUGACGACAUCGAUGAGGAGGAUCCGUUUAACCCCCAGGCCCGUCAUAUGGCCUUCAACCCCAGUAGAGCCAGCCAUGUACACAGCUUCUGUAGCUACAGCAGCAGUCUGGACAGCCAGGCCAGUCCACACCCUCCACCACAGACUGCCGCCAUCCUCCCCACCUCAGAAUACAUGAAUCAGUCCAUGCUGUUUGGAGGGAACCCUCGUUAUGAGAACGUUCCUCUGAUCGGGAGGGGAUCCCCGCCACCCUCGACAUUUAGAAACAUAUUCUCCCAGAAUGAGAACCACCUACCUGUCUAUGACUGAUGCACAGAUCAGACACUUUGGGACAGACUUCCAGCAGGUAUAGCUCCCAACUAUGGCCUACUGGUCCCCCUCAGGAAGUGUCUGUCUGGGACUACCACUGUACUGAGGAAGCGGAGUUUACAGAUAACCCUGUCCAUGGAUGUCUCACCCUGCUCUCCUGGCCAUCUGUUACUUAAAUGCAGGAGGUAUGGGGUAAACAACAGCUCAGGAACACACUGACGCUCUCAAAGUCCUGUACUGUACGUGUAGAAACCAGUAGACUACAUAGAACCUUGAGUGUAAAGUGCACUUGCAUCUCUCCCCAAACAAACCGACACUUCAGUUAUGUGUUUUCUUCAAAUGUGAGUUCGUCUCGAGCCAGAUCAGAAGACAUAUUUUUUUUCCUGCGAGUGACGUCACCUUCGAUGGAUUUCAGGGGACAACAAAUAACCAGAUUGAUUUCCAGAUCAUUCAUUGAAAUGUGAUGAUGUCUACACUCUUAGAGAAAAAGGUCCUGUCUAGAACCUAAAAGGGUUCUUUGGCUGUCCACAUAGGAGAGCCCUUUGAAUAACCCUUUUUGGUUCCAUGUAGAACCUUUUGGGGUUCCAUGUAGAACCCUUUCCACAGAGGGUUCUACAUGGAACUCAAAAGUGUUCUACCUGGAACCGAAAAGGGUUCUACCUGGAACCAAAAAGGGUUCUACCUGGAACCGAAAGGGAUUCUCCUAUGGGGACUGCCGAAGAAACCUUUUAGAACCCUGUUUUCUAAGAGUGUACUCUAUAUGUAUAAGGGGGACUGAGGAGAAAGGAUGCAUGAUGAUGUUUCUAAAGCCUUUAUUUCCUCUAACCUGUUUCUCUCUGUUCUCCUAUGCUGUGUCAUCCUGCAUGCUGUGUCCUGCUCAAUUUUAGCCUGGAUUCCCGACUGAAUAUCAGUCCAUUUCAUUAUUGUGUCAGUGAAUCAUUGAAAGGAAUAAAACAAAGCGAUAUUCAGUUUAGGUUCCAUGCCAGUUCAUUUCAGGACAACACUGAGGGAUUUCCGUAGCUUGGCAUCUAAACUGAAUAUUGCUCUGGUUCACUA